AUGAAGGAAGAGGUGAUUAAUCAAGAGUUGGAUAAGGACCAAUGGAAAUUAGAAGCUCAAGCUAUUAUAAAUGACGUGAAACAUCAUGUAAUGGACAUAAAAGUAUCAGAAAAAUUACAAAAUAGUAAUCAGUUCUUCUAUUUAAAUUUAAUCACAUUAGAAAACUUGAAGUUUUGUAUAGAACUAUCAAAUGCUGGUUUUACCAUCGUUGGUAAUGAGCACGAUAACAUAUCAAAUAGAGGAGACGAGCAGUUCGAAACACUAUAUAGUUUGUUGAAUUUUAUUUAUAUAAAUGUUGUGAUGGAUACUGCAAUAGAUACGAUACUGUGAUAUUGACGAAUCGCGCGUUCCUAGGAAAUAUCCCUAGGAAUCGAAAGAUCAGUCACUGCAAGUGGUAAUAUCGGUUGUGUUUACCCCCUCCUUUACGUUCGUUGCUCUGUGUUCCGUUUGGCGUAUUCCACUGUCGAGUUGUGAAGUAACGAAGCGGUUUCGCCGAAUGUGGCGUAUCGUGUGUGCAUUUUAUGAUGUUUCUGAAUGAGUUUACCGUUGAUUAAGUGCCUAAGAACGACAUAGUGCAUCUUGUUUGUUAAUAUUACAGUAAAUAGUGUGACGAUGUUAAACGGUGAGCGAUGACACGCCCGUGAAAAACGAUAACAACAGCUAUCCUUUGAUUGACCAGAAACGAUAGAGAAAACGCAAUACGCGAAGGACCCUCUUUGUGUAUUUUUUUGUGACAUUUAUUGGAAAAAACAUGCUUCAGCCAAGAGCUACAUACAUCAAACGAUAGAAAAGG